GUUACGCAAUCACAAAUUACUAUCUGUCUCUUUGUAUAUGAAGAAUUAUGCACAAUAUGUUGUAAGAAACGUAUAAUAAAAAGAUUAAUUGUUUCACAGUGAAGCGUGCUCGAAAAAAGACAAAAAUAUGAACGUACGAUAUAAAAAUUAACGCGCCAUAUUUACUUGUGAUUUAAAAGUCUCUUAAUGUAAUUUGAAAGGAAUGACAUUACAUUGGCAAGCCUGUUUCGUAAUUGUACGAGAUAAUUGAAGUAGUAAUAGAAUAUUAUUUAUUUGAGCUAUAAAUAAAAAAAUUACACAAUUAUAUGUAGUAUUUAAAGAUCAUUCUAUAUUAUAACAUGAAAUUUCAUCCAGCAUGGGUACACACUGCUGCAUUUUUGGAUCUGCUAGCUGUCAGUUUAAUUAUUCCUUUAAUGUCACCAUACUUGAGGCAGUUGGGUGCGUCACAUUUUUUUAUUGGACUCACAGGUUCCGUUUAUGCAGGUGCUCAGCUUAUUAGUGGUCCUAUUAUUGGCAGUUGGAGUGAUACAAUUGGAAGGCAAAAAAUUUUUAUCACUUGUCUAGCUGUAUGCGCUGUGUGUUACUCAGUAUUGGGAUGGAUACAUACUUUGUAUACUAUACUUUUACUUAGAAUAAUAAUAGGUAUAUUCAAACAAACUCAAGUAUUUCUACGUAUCAUUGUGGCUGAUAGAAUACCACAAAACCAGCAAAGUUUGGAGUCAGGACGUUUGAGUGCCAUAUCAGGAAUGGGAUUUAUAGUAGGUCCUGUCAUUGGAGGCCAUUUAGCUGAAUUUGAAAAUGGAUAUUUAUAUCUUGGCUGGUGCAUCAGUAUUAUAUUUGCAAUUAAUAUUGCAAUUGCAUAUCUAGUUUUUGAUGACUUGCCACGUACCAACACAAUAGAGAAAAAUGUGUCAUCUUCACAGACCAAACUCCAAAACUUACAUAACAACGUAAUUAAAGCAAUACGCAACCUUACUAAUGUUGAUUGGUUGACAUAUUGGGACGUUUUCAUUUUGAAGUUCCUAUUGGCUAUUGCUUUUUCUGUUUUUAUAUCAAAUUAUACUCUUCGAAUUCAAGAGAAAUAUGAUGUGACUCCAAAAUGGGUUGGCUAUACUAUUUCACUGCAAGGACUUUUUGGUACCCUAGCUGGAUUUACUACUGGAUGGAUAGACAGAAAGUUUUAUCAAAAUGACCUUGAUUAUAAACGCCGGAAUGCACAUGGGUUUGCUAUUAUGACAAUUUGCUUUUUGGGCAAUAUAACAGCUUCUAAUUUAACUAUUUUUAUGUUGUGGAUGAUUCCACUACGCAUCAGCACUAGCUUUUUAAGAGUAAUUGAAACUAACAUGAUCCUAAAAAGAUGUUUGCCCUCACAACGUGGAUCAAUUUUAGGAGCUAUGCAUAGUAUGACAAACGUAGCUCGCUUAGUAGCUCCUUUACUUGCAGGUAUUAUGGAUGAUUACUAUGGUAGUAAUGGUGCUAGUUUUGUAGCAGCUAUUUUAACUAUUAUUGGAAUUCCAAUAGCUAUGAGAGUAAAACAUAUUGAGUACAAAGAUUUGAAAACUAGUUAAUGUUAAUCUAUUAGUUUUAUAGAAUAUUAGUACAUUACCAAUGAUGUAUGAAAUUGUUUAUUUUUAAAUCAUUUAAGCAGUCAGAUAUUUAAUUGAACUUUAUGCAUGAAUAAAUUCCAUCUAAAUUUAUCAUGAAGUGACUUCAGGGUUUUAAUAAUAUAUACAAAAUUGUUAGGUGGGGGUUGCAAAUAUGUCAAUGAACUCCCAUAUAAACUAAUAUUCAAUGCAAUAAAGAUAUCAAAAUAA